AUGGUAACAUCCAAGCCAUGUGAUAUACUGGAAAAUAUGUCAUGCGAAUGCCAUUCAUCGUUAAAUAACCAAACUGAACAAUUGGCUUGUACAAAUCAUCAUACACCAUUGAAUGGUUCAAUCAAAAUAACAAAUUUUACUUUGCAAAAUCCGCGAACAUUCGAUUCGUUUCAUUUAACUUUUCAUGCAAGAGAUUUCAAUAUUAGUGCAAUGUUCAUCAAUCAGUUAUCGUAUCUGUUUCCUCGACCAUCGAGUUCGGGCAGACGACAAAGCAUGUUGAAGAUCAUUUUAACGUUUCAAGAUUAUCUUCAAUUACAUUUCGAAGACUAUUCGUUCUAUCAACUCUUUGGAGAGAAAUCUGAGUACACAACGAGUCUCUCGUUGGAAUUAACAUCGAGUGGACAUAUUUCAUUUUCACCAAUGGCAUUCAAUCAACUGACUGUCGAUCAAAUGUCAUUGCAUAGUUCAUCCUUGGAACCGUACUCAUUCGAGGAAAUCUUUAAUCAAACGAAUAUCGGUAGUUUAGCAGUCGAAGGUUGUACACCGCGAGUGAAUAACACGCUACGAAGAUAUUUCAACGGGAAAAUUCGUUCAGGAAAAUUUACUAAAAUGGUCGAAAUGGUCUCGAGUGAGGAAUUCCCGAAUUAUCCGGUCGGCUCGAUGAUUAUCGAGGCACAUGAACCACGAAAACUGAAUGCUUCAUCUUUUGCUUCUUAUUAUCAUUUGCACGGUGUACAUUUGAUUCGACCGAAGUUUUUCUUCGAUAACCGGUCAUUUGAUGGUUUUCAAUACCUACCAAACCUCGAAACAAUCGAACUCGAUGCCGAAACAAUCAAAGAUAAUACAUUCAAACCUGUCUUGCGUACUCGGUUUUUUACUCUCGGAUCAAAUGUUCGUUAUCUUUCUGAACAUUCAUUUGAUCAUUUAGAUUAUUUGACACGUUUCGAUCUCUCAAAAGUGAUUCUCGAUCAACUGUAUCCAUCGUCAAAAUGUAUUCUAGCUCGUCAUUUGCAAAGACAAUUGAAAGCAAAUCCAUCGAUGAUUAUUCUUCCGCCACAAGCCGAAUUUUGUGAUUGUGUUUAUGAUUUCAUUCUCAAUUUGAUCAACAAAAAACCGGAGCAAUCAUAUACAGAACUAUGUGAGAACACUCAACAAGAACGUUGUCAACUGAGUGAAUGCGACGUGGUGAAAAAGUUUCGUUUUCCUUCAAAAGAACCAUCUAACAGUCGAGAAGUCAUCCCAUCAAUCGAUGCCAGUAUUUCUGAUAAUCCAAUCACAUUCAAUUCAAAUCCCGACCGUUUCCCGUCUUACAUACCUCGUCAUCCACCGGUAUAUCAUGGUUCGAAUUCGAACGAUGAUUCAAGUGGCUCAUCAUAUGCAGAAACACAGGGUUUACACGCAUCAUCAUUCAAAGCAAAUAAGCCGAUCGAUCCAAAUGAAAUCUCGACCGAUGAUGAUGAUGAUGUCAACAUUAAUUCUCAAUCAGCGAUCCAUAAAUCUCAAUUGUUAACCGAUAAUGACGAACACCAGCAAUUAAUAAUCAGAAACAAACGCUUAAAAUCCAUUGCAUUGUCAUUAUUAGGUGUUACAGUCAUAAGUGUUCUUGUCGUUGGAACAAUCAUUUGGUAUUUUAACCGCCGUGCAUCCAUAACAUCGACUAAAACUGGCUUUCGACGCGUCCCGCCAGUCAGUUCGAAUGUUUAG